UUCACGUCAGGAGGACAUAUCACGUCGGGAGGACGUCCCAAGACCGAGUGAGCGAGGAAGAGAGUCAACAAGACAGGGAAUAACCUGUAUAAAACACACACACACAUCCCUCCGUUCCCCUCCCGGCACUGUGUGUUUUUCCAACAAAAAUGUGGGAAAGAAAACUUUUACACAGAAAACAUGAGGGAAUUGCAAAGGAAUGUGGAGACGGAGCGAAAACCCAAACCAACAUAAAGUUGAAGGAACAUUUGAUGGACGGACGGACGGACGAGCGGGCUGACAUCAAGCGGGCGAUUGAACAGGAGGGUUUAUUUUGGAAAAGGAAUUGACCGAGAGGCGGUGGGUGAUCCAGAGCCGAGAGCCGAGGAGUUUCAGUGUCAAUCAACCCACGUCACAGCCUCCUCACCUAUAUAUACAUGUGUCUGCUUCAGUGCUGCUCUGGGCUGUCGUCUGGGACAUUCAUCCCACCAUCACCACCGCCAUUCCCCGCUCCGGCAUUCCCGGCUGCCCGACACCGGCAAUGAUUCGUGCGAGGCUCCUGUGCUUUAUCUGCUUGUGCGUCGCCACCAUCUCCCUCUCCGCUGGUCAGCCGUCCAAAUCCCGGUCGAAGGUCGGCAAAGGCAGCAAAGACAACUUGAAGAAAGAGAUCGAGAGGCUGUGGCGAGAUGUGAACUCACUAAAGGAAAUGCAGGCACUGCAGACGGUGUGCCUGAGAGGGAUAAAGGUUCACAAAAAGUGUUUCCUGGGGUCGAGUGGGGAGAAGAACUACCACAUGGCCAACGAGGACUGCAUCGCCCAGGGUGGGACGCUUGCCAUUCCCCGAGACAGCGACGAGACCACCCAGCUCAGGAGCUACGCCAAGAAGAGCCUCAGGGGGGCCACGGGAUUCUGGAUCGGGGUCAACGACAUGACCACGGAGGGAAGAUUCGUGGACGUCAAUGGGCAGUCAGUCUCCUACCUCAACUGGGGUCCUGGGGAACCCCGGGGGGGCAAGCGGGAGAACUGUGCCCUGGCCUCCAUCUCCAGCCAGGGAAAAUGGUCGGCCGAGGUGUGUCGUGACGUGAAGAGAUACAUCUGCGAGUUUCUCAUCCCGUAAACUCGAACUGAGUUCCGUUCCCCCCACCCGUCACACAGCCCCUACCCACCCAAUCGCAACCCCCUCUCCCACGCCUCCAUUUCCCCUUUCCAGCCCGUGUUCGUCCGUUGUUCACAUCAUCUUUGUGCGAAACAUCGCGAGCCGUUGUGACCAUUCCAUCUGUAAGGCUGUUUUCUGUUGA